AUGCCUGUCGAGUGUGUUUGUUGUGAUGCUCGUAUAGAGCCGAAGAAUCGGCGUCCAUUUCAUGGUAUUGCAAUGCGUCUUUUUGUCUCGGCACGAAGAAAUAUGACUUUACCAAGCUCAGGAUCAAUUUGUAAUGCUUGUCGUAUGUGUUAUCGGAAUUGGCGUAAUAAUGCUGAAUUCGCUCACAUAUUGAAUCGUGUUGAACAAGAAUCAAAUCAAAUGAUUGUCGACAGUGACAAUGAAAAUGAUGAUGGGAAUAUUGAAUCAAUAUUAGAAACCCCAUUGGAUGUUCCAAUGAAUACCAAUAUUGUCACAUUACUGUUGAAUGUGGCCCUUUCAUCUCAUCAACAAUGUUCAGUUUGUCGAAAAUUUUUAAAAUCCUCAUUAUGUACGAUCUCUGAAGAAGAUCGAGAGCUUUUAUUUAUCAAGAGUAAUAUUUUUAUACCACAAGGUAGUCGAUGUUGUGAAGACCAUGUUUAUAAAGAGCGUUUGCGUAUUGAUGCUUUAAAUGAAAUUCGUCCGUUUAAAAUUGCACAAACAAAUUUCUCUUCCACCGAUGUUAUUACAUGGUUUGGUAAAUUUCGAGAUUACUAUAACUCCACUCAGCACUUCGAUUUCGAUAUUCCAUUCAUAAUGUCAGAUUUUGAUUGUUAUAACUUAACCGGAAUAUCAAAAUUGAACUUUGAACAUUUGAUCGAGUUCCUCACCGAUUCCAAAAUUAAACAUUCAUCGAAUCGAUCACUUCGAAAUGCUGUUGGUUUGUUUUUAACAAAACUGAGAUUAGGUAUCAGCAAUAAAGUUCUCACCACCAUUUUUCAAUAUUCAAAUGCCAAGGCUGUUUCGCGAACUCUGGUUGCUGUACGUGAAGUUAUGAUAUCCAAUUUCGUGCCUUAUUACCUUGGUUUUAAUCAUAUUUCUCGUCAAGAUGUCAUCUAUAAUCACUCUUCUACACUUGCUACUCGAUUGUUAACGCACCAACCAGAUACAGCUAUUCUCGUAGUCGAUGGUACCUACUUGUAUGUACAGGUUCGUAAUAUAUUCAAUAUUUUAUGA